CUGUGACUUCAUAUGGAUGUAUUGUAUGUUAGUGACUGGCACAAACUGGGCACAGAGUCAGGGGCUAUCAGCUGCAGUCUAUUGGUAUAUCUAUUGAUGUGAACAGAACCCAUCUCUAUAGGGGCUCACAUCAACAAUCUGCAUCACAGUUUUUGUUAUUCAUUUUUGUAUUCUGUGCAAUAUGCAAACUCAUUUUACUAUUGGAAGAAAAUAAUUGUUAUUAGACAGCAUCAGAGUGGGCGGUAGUUGGGUUGGUCAAUCUGAUCCAGACACUGUAUAAAUGAAAGGACAGUAAGGAGAGCAGAACAAACUCCUAAGAGGAGACUCACUCAUGGCCUAUGAGACAGAGAAACAUGAGACUCAAUACUGCUUUCCUGCCAUCAACUCAUCAUGUAUCAAGGGAAAACGCUCCAGACAUGAAUACAAUAUCAUGUAUGUGUUUUUUUCAUUGCUGUCAGCAUGGACUGUGUUUGUGAACCUGCUGGUGAUCAUCUCCAUCUCUCACUUCAAGAAGCUUCACACUCCAACAAACCUGAUUAUUCUCUCUCUGGCUGUGGCCGACCUGCUUGUUGGACUUAUUGUGAUGCCUGCGGAUGCCAUCAAGUUGAUUGAGACAUGUUGGUACUUUGGAGACACUUUGUGUGACCUGUUUUUGAUAAUCAUGGCUCUGCUCCUCUCAACAGCUAUUUGUAAUUUAGUUUUAAUUGCUGUUGAUCGUUAUGUGGCUGUGUGUCACCCUUUACUGUACCCACAGAAAAUAACCACAACUAGAACCUUAAUAAUCAUCUGUCUCUGCUGGUUUUUCUCCUUUGCCUACAAUCUUGCCUAUCUGAUUAAUGGCAGAUACUUUGAAAGUUCACAAAGAACAGGCUCAUGCUAUGGAAAGUGCUAUUUAAUAACAGAUUUUUCAUGGAUAGUUGUUGACCUGUUCUUUUCUUUCUUGUUUCCUUUGACUGUGAUCAUAACUUUAUAUUUGAGGAUAUUUUAUGUUGCACAUCAGCAAGUGAAAGUUAUAAACUCUCUGAUGAAGAGUGGUAAAUGUGUAAAGGAAGGUUCAUUGAGGAGGAAAUCUGAGAGCAAAGCUGCUCUGACAUUAGGAAUCAUUGUGACAGCUUAUCUGCUAUGCUAUAUUCCAUACUAUAUCUUGUCUUUAACAAGUAGUACAAUAAUCUCUUCUGCUACAAUGAACUUUCUACUAUGGACUAUAUAUGCUAACUCAAGCCUGAAUCCUGUUGUCUAUGCUUUAUUUUACCCUUGGUUUAAAAUAUCAGUUAAACACAUCUUAACUCUUAAAAUGUGCCAGCAUCCUCUCUCUUAGACAUAUUUACAGAUUAUUCAUGAUUUUUGUAGAGCAGGAAUUAUUUAUUUAUUUAUUUAUUGUCUAUUUGACAAAGCAUAGACUAAUGUAUAGUACUUUUAUGCAUUUGUAAACUGAAUGUGAACAUAUGUGUCAUAAGCUCAUUAACAGGAAAAAAAAAUAAUUUAAAAACUAUUUUAAAUGAAGGUAAAUAAUUAUAUUUACCUUGCAAUUUGAAUCUGAUGUGCAUAUGUUAAAGCCAACAUUUAAGCCAACAUUUUUAGUGUUUAUUUGAUUUUGGAUUUAAUUUGUUUAAAUUCUUAUUCAUUCUUAAUCAUUCAUUCAUUCAUUCAUUUCUAGGUCUCAAAACAUAAACAGAUGGAAAAAACAAAAAAAACAAAAUACAGAAGAGACAAUGCCUUUUAAUUGCAGUAAUUAUCCAAUAGGAUACAACAAAUACUUUGAAGUGGACAUGACAUUAAACACUUCAUGGUGUCAGAGUAAUGUGAGCAAUAAAAAUACAUUUUGCUAAAAUCUUCAGUUGUGUAAAAUUGAAUAGAUGAUGAUUAAUUUCCCCCUGAAGCAACAGUUUUACUAAUGUACACAGAGCAUUUAAAGUUAUUCUGUUCUUGUAAUCAGCCGAAUGACCAUAGACAGGCCUUAUUGUUAAACCAUACUGUUUAAAUGCAAUAGAGAUUUUAAAUGUUCAUAUCCCAAUUCAGCCAGAAGAUGGAAACAAAUACUGCAAAACCAAGGCAUCAUUGUCUCUUCAUUGACAAAUUCUAAAGCUUCAUCACAUACAUCCUUCAUAGAGAAAGGAAUCCCAAAGUUAAUUGAGAAAGAGUUAAGAGGUGUUAAUAAUGUGGAUGAUUAACUUAUUUAAUUCAGUACUGAAAAAUAUCAAUACAAGAUGCAUUUCAUUUGUAUCAUGUGUAUUUUUAUUCUUAUUAAUGUAUCUUACUAUUAACUUGUACAGUAUAUUAACAUGCUAAAGUCAGAUUUUAUUGAAA